AGAGAGAAAGAAACAGGAACCAUUCAUUGACUGUGUGUUUUCAGCGGACAGGAAACGACGACGGACCUUCGUGUUACAGCUUCCUGUUUUUAAGCCGAAGAGAAGACGCCGAUCCACCGACAGAGAAGCCAUGCCUUUCCUGCAUGGGUUUCGAAGGAUCGUGUACGAGUACCAGCCGCUGGUCGAUGCCAUCAUGUGUGUUCUUGGACAAGGAGAAGGAGGAGGAGGAGGACAAGGGGACGGGGACGGUGAAGAGGACAGACGCGAGGACGACUCCAGAGUCUCCGUGUCUCUGGUGGAACUCCUGGAUCGGGAGUCUCAGUCGGAUGUGUUCCACGAAGGCAUCAGCUACGCUCUGUUCAAAGUGGCGGGGGGGGGCCUGGUGAGCGCCGCCCAAAUCCUGCUACGCUACGGGGCCUCCUUAAACUUUGAAGAUCCAGUGUCCUACUACAACCCACUGCAUAUCGCGGUCCUGCAGAACAGAGCGGACAUGGUGAAGCUGCUGGUCGGACAUGGAGCUGACGUGGAGAAGAGAGACAGAAUCCACGAAAGCAGUCCCCUGGAUCUGGCCACCGAGGAGGCGGAGCGGCUGCCGUGUCUGCAGGCGCUGCUGGACCUGGGCGCCGAUGUCAACGCCAGAGACAAAUACGGAAAGACGCCUCUGCUCCACGCUCUGUCCAGCAGCGACGGUCUGACGGUGCUCAACACGGACAGCAUCAGGCUGCUCCUCCAGAGAGGUACGCUACAUCGGGGGGGUGGGGGUCGCGCCGCCGCCCUCCUGGCCCGAGCCGAGGCGCUGCUGGACUUAGCCGGGGUCAGCCGUCCCGGCCUGUGUGCGCCCCCCAGGUUGGACCUCCCCGAGCCCGCUCAGGACUCUCACCCGUACGCUCAGGCUCUGAGGGACUUUCACGGCCGCGUGGCGGCGUGUCGGGCCGCUCCGCCCGCUCUGCAGUGUCUGUGCAGGGCCUUGAUCAGGUCCUGCCUGGAGUCCAGGUCCCUGGAGGACGGCGUCCAGGCUCUGCCGCUACCGGACCGACUGAAGGACUUCGUCCUCGCCGGGCGCUCUUGUCUCCCUAAACCCGGCUGGGACUGCUUCAAACCUCAGCACAGCCGGCGCUGAAGACCCCCCCCCCAUGGAGGGUCGGGGGGGG